AUGGAAGGUAUUAAUGGUAACGGAGCCGGUGUAGGCGGCUAUGGUUUUUCAGCAAGACCCUAAGUUAUUGCAGGCAAACAAGGCGGGCCUUAUAGAGAUCCUUAUAGGGAAUACAUAAAGAUUGCACCUUAAAACAUCAUGUAUGAUAGAAGAGUUGUCCGUGGAAAUACUUUUGCUGCUUUAGUCAUUCCAGUUAAUAUGCAGCCAGACCCAGCCCUGAUCGAGAAAUAGAAACAAGAAUCAAUGUAUAGACAAUAAAGACUAGAGUAGCAUAGAAAGCGCAAAGAAGAUGAAAUGACAAGAAUGCAAUAAAUGCAAGAGGACGAGCAGAGAAGGCAAAUGAUGGACUUGCAAGGUUAGAACCCUUGGGAGGAUUUGAGUGAUGUCGAUAAUAUCGUUGAUGAGAGAGAGCUUGAACCUGAUUACUACAUUGAUAGACCAGUAUUCUCAAUAUAUUUUUUAUAAAUUUAAUAGCCUUCUCCAAUUUUUCUGCCCAACCCUGAAGGAGAACUUAAGGGGAUCCAGGUGCAUGAUAAAGAUCCAGAUCUAUUUGACUUUGAUCUAGAGGUUGAGCCAAUACUCUAGGUCCUUGUUGGAAAAGCUUUAGAGCAUGCCUAGAUUGAGAUUAUUGAGGAUCACGAAAAAAUAGAGCUUGAUAAGCACAAGAAGAUGUUCUUUCAAAUUAGAGAAGCUGAAUUAAUGGAGACUCAGAGAAUGGAAGGAGCUAGGAAGAGACGUACCGAAGAGACUGAAAGAAGAAAUCUUUAGCAGAGAACUGCAAAGAACCAGAGGAUCUGGGCUGAGAGAAAAGUUGUUGCUAGAAAUAUGGCAAAAGAAUAUCUUAUGUUAUUCAAGAGAGACACUCUUAAGCUAUUGGUAGAUCAAAGUCUUCUCAAGAGACCAAGAGAGUUCUCAAUUCAGAGCCACUUUAUCCCACAGCUAUACAAUCAAAUAUCCUUUGAUAUCAAUAACAGAAGAGAGCAACUUGAUAACCUUGAUUCACUGCUGAAUUACACCAUGAGAAACAAUGCCAAAUCCCACAGAGACUCAAUGAUUAAGGAGUACAAGAGGAGAGAGGAGAAAAAGAAAGAGCAACUUAGACUUCAAAGAGAGAGAGAGGAACAAAAAAGGAAGAGGAGAGAAGAAAGAGCAGCUGCCCGAGAAAGAUUUAGAAUCCAACAGUUACUUGAGAAGAUCUAAACUCAGAUAAUUGGUUCUGCAUCAUUGGAGGAAUAUAACCCUUAGAUUAAAAUCUACGAUGUCAGAGACCCCUCUGCCAAGAAAGACGGUAUCUUCCUUAUUGGAGGUUUCGUUGGAGAGCUUAUCAUUACUUUCACUUGCCUGCUAGAUUACAUUCUAGCCAACCCAUAAAACCAAAACUUUGUUUUCACACAAGAGUAAGUUGAAGCUUAUCUUAAAGAUUUACUUGUGCAUGAGAACUUUGCUGAUGGUAUUCUUACUCUGCACUUGGCUAGAGAUCCAACAAUUAAGGAAAAGGAAAAGAUCCCAAACUCUGCCAGAGGAGAUUCACACAGAGAUAACUCAAGGGAAAUUCCAACUGAACCUAAUGAAGAGGAGAAAGUAGAAAGGUUAGAUAUUGACGAUGAUGCAUUUAUGAAAUUUUCACUCACAAAAUCCAAUAUAACUGACUACGGUCUUUCAUUCUUCUUCGAAGUGCUCAAGGAUCUCGUCAUCAGUAAAGAUUUUAUUGAGACUCUGUACAGAGUAAUCAUUAAGAUUGCCAGAACCAAACUAAAGCCAAUUCAUCCAGUCCCUGAAAUGCCUUAACCUGAUGCAGAAGGUAAUGAACCAAGUGAAGAAGAAAAGACUGUCGUUCAAAAGAGAAUUGAAGAAGUAACUAAGCUUAAUAAUGAAAACGAGAAGUUCAAUGAUGAAGUCCACAAAAUCCAAUCAAAGGUUAAGAUUGCUUACAGACCUUUGAUAGAUAAUGCAGUUAGAAAUGAAUGUGCACUUUUGAGAGUCAACAAUCACAGAGAACCAAGAUUAGAAGAUGUUGACCCCAAUAACUCUAUUGAGUCUUUAUAUAACUCAGCCGCAUAGUAAUAAAACGCUCAAGCUGCUCAUUCCAAAUAAUCAUCAAUCUCCAAUAAUAAGCAAACCUCUCAAUAGAAUUCUCAAAGAGACUAGCAUCCUCCUGCUGAUAAGGAUGGCUCAGAUUAAAAUGGUUCAGCUCUUGAUAACUUCCAGAUUGAGGAUGUGCCAUCUAAAAUGAUCCUCCUAAACCCAUAAAACGAAGAGAAGGAUAUCAACCUUAUUGUUUAUCACUCAGAGGCUCAAUAUGCUGCUAGAAAGCUUGUCAUUGAAAUUGCUAAGAGACACUUUAAGGAACUUGAGAAACUUAACCUAAAUGCCGUACUUGCUCACACUGCCUAAAAAUCAAAACAACUUGAUGAAAGAUUUGAAGACCACAUUGUCAGAACUCUAAAGUUUGGAAGAGGUUGCCAAUACAAUGACAGAAAUUUGCGUAUCACAUGGAAAACUUUCCUUCAAAACUGA